AUGCCUUCUACCUACCCUUCGCGUCCUAAGUCGUCGCACCAGACGGCGUCGCCGAGUCCCCUGCGGCAAGCCUCUACCGCCUCAUCCCAUUCUGCCCUCUCGAAUACCUCCGAACUACCAAGUCGCGCCCCGUCCAAUGCCGCCAACGGCCUUCGGCUCAAUGGAACUAGCCAUAGGCGCGGACAGAGCGAAAUCACCCUGCCCACGCCGACAGAGGAGGCUUUCAGUGGCAACGGGCUGAGUGGUGCUAGCAGCUACCAGGCCAUGCGGUCGAAGUUGCGGCCCUUGUCGCUAGCUCCUGGUCAAGCUCCUGUCAGUCCGCCAAUCUCGCCUGAGAAGACUUCUCCAGAGAAGACCUCUCCACCUACGACGCACAGCCCUCGGUCUCCGCCUACGACGCACAGCCGCUCAAAGAGCCUAGCACCAGCGCUCUCUCCAGCGCUCUCCCCAGCGCUCUCACCACCGCCGUCUCUGGAUAAGACGGUCCCCAGGCUACAUAAUCGCUCUCAGAGUCUAGAGCCUUCCAGCGCUGCUUUCCUCGAUGGAUCGACAUCGCCGACCAAGUCGCGCCCGUACUCUCUGGCCAUUUCUAGGUCGGAUUCCGUUCGUGCGCCUACUCACGAAAGGUCCAAGUCGCAUACCCACUUUACGCCUGAGAUUGAAAAGCCGGACCUAGAGUCUCUUGCUAAAUCCACAACCGGCCACCUUAGAACGCUAUCCAAAUUCGCAGAAAACGCUGACGAGGACUUUACCAUUAAAUCGCCAGAUGAGGAAGUGGUGGGAUUGCAUGGGCGCAGAAGGCUUCAGCGCGCCAAGUCACAGCGGAAGCCUGGGCAGUCCAGCUGGUCAAGCGUCAAGUGGAUGGAACAACAACGACAGUUCUUACAGGCAUACGAAUACCUAUGUCAUAUUGGUGAAGCCAAGGAAUGGAUAGAAGACGUCAUCCACCAGCCCAUUCCGCCGAUUGUGCAAAUGGAGGAAGCCCUACGAGACGGCGUUACACUUGCGGAGAUCGUGCAGGCGUUAUAUCCGGAUAAGCCGCUCCGCAUUUUCCGACAUCCAAAGCUUCAAUUCCGGCAUUCCGACAACAUUGCAUUGUUCUUUCGAUUGUUGGCUGACGUUGAGCUGCCAGAGCUGUUCCGCUUCGAGCUUGUCGAUUUGUAUGAGAAAAAGAAUAUCCCCAAGGUCAUCUACUGCAUCCACGCUUUGUCAUGGCUGCUCUUCCGGAAAGGGAUUCUUGAUUUCCGUAUAGGAAACUUGGUCGGUCAACUCCAAUUCGAAGACCAUGAACUAGAAGAAAUGCAGAAGGGUCUUGAUAAGUCGGGAGUUAGCAUGCCUAAUUUCUCUGGUAUGAGUGCCAAUUUUGGAGAACCGGAACCAGAACCCGAGCCAGUCGAGACCGAAGAAGAGCGCAUUGAUAGGGAGCUUGCUGAAAACGAAGAUGCUAUCAUUGAUCUGCAGGCCCAGAUCAGAGGUUGCAUGGAGAGACUUCGUCUCGGUGACUUCAUGCAAGCGCUUUGGGACAACGAGGAGUGGUUUACCGACCUCCAGUCCAGGGUCAGGGGAGAUUUUGCCAGGCAGAUUGCCUUCUACAAGUUGGAUAUGGCGAGGUUUGCCAUUAAUCUCCAGAGUGCCGCGAGGGGUUUCAAUAUCAGGUCGCGACAGCGGAGUAACGAACAAUACUGGCAAACUAAAGAGAAGGAAGUUGUCAUGUUGCAAAGUCUUGUCCGCGCGCGGAAAGCAAGAGUUCAAACACAGGAAAUCAGGACGCAGAUGCAGCGUCAUGAAUCCGGAAUCCGGAAAUUCCAGGCUGCCAUCAAGGGUGCGCUGAAGCGGAGGGAGGUCACCGAGCAGUAUGAAGGGACUCGCGAAGCGGAGUCUGGAGUCCAAGGCCUACAGGCCGCCAUUCGCGGUGCGCUGCUCCGAGGAAAAAUUGAGGCCUUGUUGGUCGACGCACAUGAUGCAGAAGCCAGUAUCGAGAGUCUUCAAGCCGCUAUCCGCGGUGCCCUUCUUCGCAAGAAGAUUGGUGACCAGCAGGCGGAAACGCAAGAGGCCGGCGCUCAAAUUGAGCUCCUCCAAUCUCUUGCACGAGGCAUGCUGCUGCGCCAGGAGCAACGCGCGCAGCAAGACAGCUUGCGCCAACACGAAGAUCUCUUCUCUUUGCUUCAAGGAGCGAUUCGCGGAGCGCAUGCAAGGAAGGUAACGGAACAAGUCCUGAAUGACCUCUCGAGCUCAGAAGCCAACUGGAUGGACUUCCAAGCUGCCAUACGCGGCAAGGCUGUUCGCGAUUCUCUUAACGAGCUUCGCGAGAACCUCUGCUCGCACGAGAGUGAAGUCACAGAUCUGCAAUCCCGUGCUCGCGGCAACGUUCUUCGACUUUCUCUUGAGGAGCUUCGCAAGGAAAUUCAUUUGCACGAGGAUAAGGUGAUCGAUCUGCAAUCUGGAUUCCGCGGUAUGGUUGUGCGGUCUUCUCUCGAAAAUCUUCGCGAGCACCUUAAUGCACAUGAGGACGAUGUGGUCGACCUGCAAUCUCGGGUCCGCGGAAAUGUGCUCCGGGACUCUCUCGAGGAGCUCCGCGAAAACUUGCGUGCGCACGAAGACAAGGUUAUCGACCUACAGUCCUGGUUCCGUGGUAUCAAAGCAAGGGCAACAUACGCUGCAACCCUUGAGUCUCUGGAGGAGCAUGUGGACUCUGUGCUUGACUUCCAAUCGAGGAUUCGGGGUCACCUAUUCCGUAACAAGCAUUUUGCCGACCUUCAAGCUUUGGAAGACGCAACCGACAGCAUCGUGGAGUUACAGUCAGCUUCUCGAGGAUUUAAUCUCCGAAACCAUACCUAUGAGACUCUUUGCGACCUCACCGACAACGACGAGCAGACUGUCGCGCUGCAGAGUCUGGCUCGAGCUAUGCUUGUGCGCCUCGAUGUGGGUGACUUGCUGGCGCAACUUGACGAGGAAGAAGAACUUGUCUGCGAGUUGCAAUCUCUUGCUCGUGGAAACCUCAUACGGAGUCGUUUUCAGGAAAAGAAGAAGUUCUACCACGAGAACAUGCAGAAGGUCGUCAAGAUUCAGAGCUUUGUGCGCGGUCGGCAGCAGGGUGAGGCAUAUAAGAGCUUGACAACCGGCAAGAAUCCCCCUGUUGGUACGGUGAAGAACUUUGUGCACCUCCUGAACGACAGCGAUUUCGACUUUGACGAGGAGAUGGAAUUUGAACACCUUCGGAAAACAGUGGUUCAACACGUCCGCCAAAACGAAAUGGCUGAGCAGUACAUUGACCAGCUUGACAUUAAAAUUGCGCUCCUUGUUAAGAACAAAAUCACUCUUGAUGAAGUUGUUAGGCACCAGCGGCAUUUUGGUGGCCAUGUUGGUGGCCUGCUAGCCAACAAGGACUUGGCCUCGAAGGACCCUUUCGACCUCAGAGCUCUCAACAGAAACUCGCGCAAGAAGCUCGAGCACUACCAAGAACUCUUCUUCAUCUUGCAGACCCAGCCACAGUACAUGGCUCGCCUAUUCCGACACAUUCGCGAGACUGGUUCUGCUGAAAAAGAAUGCAAGCGUAUUGAGUUGCUGAUGAUGGGUCUUUUCGGCUAUGCCCAGAAGCGGCGUGAGGAGUACUACCUGCUCAAGCUCAUCUCACGCUCCAUUAAAGAAGAAGUGGACGCCGCCGACUCCCUUCAAGAUUACCUCCGCGGCAACUUCUUCUGGUCCAAGCUCCUCGGCAACUACAUCCGCUCUCCCCGCGACCGCAAGUUCUUGCGCGACCUGUUGGGACCUCUGAUCAAAGAAAACAUUAUGGAAAACGAAGGUCUCGACCUCGAGUCUGAUCCCAUGCAGAUCUACCGCUCUGCCAUCAACAACGAAGAACUUCGCACUGGUCAACGCAGCCGUCGUCACCCUGAUAUCCCACGUGAAGAGGCAAUUCGCGACCCCGAAACCCGCGAGACGUUUAUUCAUCAUUUGCAAGAUCUCCGUGACAUCGCUGAUCAGUUCUUCGCCUCUGUGGAGGAUUGUUUGCACAGGAUGCCGUACGGUAUGCGAUUCGUUGCGCAACAGACAUUUGAGCUGCUGUGCAGCAAAUUCCCAGAGGAAGAGCAGAUCCAUCUUUUGCAGAUUGUCGGCCAGUGGCUGUGGAGGCAAUACUUGCAACCAGCAAUCCUCCAACCCGAAACCUGGGGUGUGAUUGACCGCGGGCUGUCGCCUUUGCAAAAGCGUAACCUUGGUGAAGUGUCAAAGGUUUUGAGCCAAGUUGCGGCGGGCAGGUUGUUCGGUGGUGAGAAUGUCUAUCUACAACCGCUAAACAGCUAUCUCACGGAAGCCAUUGGGAGGAUGGAAGAGAUUUGGACAAACCUCAUCAGCAUUAGUCCGGCUGAAGCGCAUUUCGACAUUGAUGAGUACAACGACCUUUACAACACUCAAAAACCGACCCUGUACAUCAAGCUCGCCGAUAUCUUCGCCAUCCAUCAACUUGUCGCAUCGGACCUCUCCGUUAUCUGCACGGCACAAGAAGACACUGUCCUGAGGGAGAUUCUUCGCGAACUGGGCAGUGCUGGUAGCAACGAGAGGGAACUGUCUGGGGUCAGCUCCACUGAAAUCAGCCUCACUCUUAACCCCAAGUUCCACGAUGUCGAAGACCCUGACGCACCUGUGAAGGCUCUCUUCAUGGAGACCAAGCGUUGUGUGUUGUACAUUAUCCGCAUCCAGACUGGCUCGGAUCUUCUCUCUAUCAUGAUCAAGCCCAUCACCGACGAAGACGAAGACCGCUGGGCCGCUCUCCUUCGUGAGGAAACGGCCUUGCACAACACCAACAAGACCGCCUACACUGACGGAGCCAACACACUUGUCGAUAUCACCACGGUCACGUACACGGAGCUCAAACGCAUCGCCCUGGAAAACAUUCUUACCCUCGAACAAGCCGGCCGCAUCAACCGGCAUAACAAAUACCAAGACUUGCUCAACGAGAUCGCCAUUGACAUCCGGACCAAGCAUCGUCGUCGUAUUCAGCGAGCUCGCGAAAUUGAGAACGUCAGGGCCACGCUGGCAGCGCUCGACACCAAGGCGGAGUGGCUGGACAGCCAACUGAAGAGCUACAACGACUACAUUGAGCAGGCGAUGGUGACUCUGCAGAACAAGAAGGGCAAGAAACGCUUCCUGUUGCCUUUCACCAAGCAAUACAACCACGAGCGUGAGCUGCAGCGCCGUGGCCAAGUGCCCAAGUUCGGCUCUUUCAAGUACAGCGCGCGUGCGCUUGGCGAGAAGGGUGUUCUUGUUGAGUGGCGAGGCUACACCGACAAGGAGCGUGGUUGGGAGAAGACCAACAUCACCAUAUCGUCGGAUGAAGUCGGCAUUUUCCACAUCGAAGGCUCAGUUGGCAGCAUGAUAAUCCCGGGAGCUAGCGCCAUGGUGCCAUUGGACGAUUUGUUGCAGGCGCAGUUUGAGAACAAGAUGUUCAUGAACCUGUUUGGAGCCGAGGGAUCCGGAGAGGCAGCGGGCGCGUUGAAGCUGAACGUUAACUUGCUGCUGCACUUGAUUUUCAAGAAAUUCUACCGCGAUGGUGAGGCGGUGAGGCUGAGAGUUUAA